GUGGCGCAUUAUCAUCCCUGAUUCUUCGGAGACCGCAAGCAUCCCUUCGCAGUUGAGUGCUUUCCACAGAGCUUGAGAAAGAUGACUACCAUGGCACUAAUCCUAUUGACGUCUAUAUUGGCGGCUAUCUUGUGGGCAGCAAUUCAAUUCCUGGACGAGUUUCUUCAGCGGCGACGCGCUCCGCCUGGAACCAGGCUUCCACCAAUGCCACCUGCGAGUCCUCUGUGGGGGCAUAAUGAAGUUUAUAGCCUGGGCGUACAAAGCACAGCCGUCAUGCAAUGGUCAAAGAAGUAUGGACCAGUCUUCAGGUUAAGAAAGAACUUGAGGACCAUCGUUCUGCUGAAUGACUUCGAAAGCAUAAGACAAUUCUGUAACAAGAAAGAAUUGUUGUGCCGUUCCACGGUGUUGACUUUCUUUCGAGAAAAAAACCAAGGUAUUGGCCUUCUUAAGGGGAAACCGUGGUCAGAAAACAGAAAAUUCUGCAUGAGCAUCCUUCGUGACCUCGGAUUUGCAAGGACAGCUAUGGAAAACAGCAUGAUGGAGGAGUUCAACCGUGUUGUGGAGGCCAUUGACAAAGUCGGAGGGAAAUCGAUGGACGUUCGUGGUUACCUGUUUACAAGCAGCUUGAAGAACAUUACGUCUUUCUUUUACGGUGCCCGCUUCUCGCAUGAUCACCCCACCAUGGAAGGACUGCACAGCACUAUGUUGCAGCUGAAUCUACUUCUGAAUUCUGGGGGCGUUUACGAGUUUCACAAGCCAGCGGUGCGCCGGCUGGUUUCCAUGCUUCCUUUUACCAGACAGGGCAGGAUCGCAAAAUGCCUGACGAAACUGGAGACCAUUGCCGAGAAACAAGUGCGUGAGUACAAAGAGACCAACUGUGGAAACGAAAGCAGAGACUUUAUUAGCGGUUACCUUCAAAAGAUUGAGGAUGACAAAAAGGAAUCCGAACGCCUGUUUACCGAUGAACGCCUGGUGGGCAACAUCAGCGCCUUCCUGACAGCUGGAACCUUUAGCACAGCUGGAACACUUUGCUGGGGAUUGUUUCAGUUUUCACAAAAUGUGGCCACAAUCCAAGCUCGUGUCCAGCGGGAAAUAGACGAUGCCAUAGGCCCCCAUCGGCAGCCCACCUGGGAAGACAGGAAGCAAAUGCCGUUCACUCUCGCCUGCGUCUGGGAACUCCUGCGAUGGGUGACUACGUCGCUUACCGGUGUGCCAAGAGAAGCCACAGAAGACGUGGUGAUUGGUGACUUCUUCAUCCCUAAGGGAACAGUUGUUCUUCCUAACAUUUCGGCAGUGCACCGCGACCCCACAUUGUGGAAGAAUCCAAAUAAUUUUGAUCCGCACCGUUUCCUGACUGAAGAUGGGACUGGAAUCCGAAACAAGCCGGAAUAUUUUAUUCCAUUUUCGAUUGGGCGUCGAGCGUGCCCAGGAGAUACGUUCGCCACGAUGGAGAUCUUCCUGAUGCUGUCACUUCUUGCCCAAAAGUACCGUAUUGUGCCUGAACACCCAUUAGAGUACAAUCGGGACUCAGCGGAGCUGCCUUGGCAAUGCCUGAAGGAUAUGAAACUGCGGUUCCUGCCUCGAGAAGUUCCCUAUUGCUAAAAACAUUCAUUAUAAAGUGGACAAUGCAAUAGCGAAACACUACUGUAUAUCACUGGCUGUUAUAAACAGCAUGUUUUGACUAUGUUCUCGAAGGCCAAAUCUUUCCGGUUCUACUAGACAUGUUAAGAUGAUUAUUGUAGCACCAUCUGCGGCAAAUAAAGCGGCUCUUCUUCUCUU